AUGGCUGAAAAUCAAUUUCCCUACGAUCUUCGCGUUCCAAAAUUCUCUGGAAAAUUAAUUCAGCGAUUUGAUCGCCUUAACUGGCUUCCCGAAUACGAUAUAGUUCAUCUAGAACGUUAUCAAAAAAAAAUUGGGAAUUUGUAUUGGGCGUUCAUUGCAAAAUCGCACUUCGAUAUUGUGGAGAAACCACAAGUUCACUUGUUUGUCAAUUGUUGUGAGAAAGGCAAAUUCGAUGUCACCGCGAGAUUGACGUUUCGAGCAUACAUGGACCUUCCAGAAGGGCGGUAUGAAGCGCUUUAUAAGCAGGUCACCUACCGUUUCACUAAUCGAGAUUCCUUUCGCCGAACCGAUGCUGAGGUCCUUCCGCAUUUGGCAGAGAAGAUAAUGAGCACACCCUCAUUCAACACGCCCGUUCCCGGGUACCUUGAGGUUUUUAUCGAAACCGACGACAACACUAGUAAACCACCAAUACGUGAUCCGCUCAAAGAAGACGCCAGUCUCGGAAAUGUCGUGUUGAUCGUUGAAGGGAAACGAUUAGUGAGCAAUAAGAUGGGCCAACGAAUAUUUAUGGAAGAAUCGGCGAAUGAGGAAAAAAAUGGCGAGAAAGUUGAGCAACUCCAAAAAACAAUAACAUUGAGCAAUUUGCGACAUCCCGGUGGUUGGCUUUCGAAUUUUCAGUUCUCCAAAAUUCUCGACAAAUGUCAGACGUUCGGCGCAGAAUUCGCGAGACCGCCAGGAAGCAGCGAGAAGCACGUCAAAUAUGGAAAAAUCACGCUAGAGUUCUCAACAAUCGAUGAAGCUCGCGAUUCCUAUGUUGUUCUGCAAAAAAUCACGAUAGACGGCGCGAGACUUGAAUUAAGCGUCGAUCCAGUGUUUUUUGAAGCUGCAAGCAGCAUCCCGUCUGGAAGCUAUUUCAAACCUUCGGAAGAGGAAUCGGUGAAAUGCCGAACCAUUUACGCCCUGAACCUACCAAAAAGUGCGGACAAGAAGCUUCUGGAGUGCAUCGUUGGCACAGAAGUCAUCGAAAACUUCCAAAUGCUGCCGAUUCUCACGAAUCCUGGCUUCAUGCAAGCGGAAAUUGUUGUGACUGAUGCAGACGCGGCUGGUUCUAUUAUAGCCGAGGCUGAUGAUUUUCCAAUUGACGAUGGUGAGCAGAACACCGUUGUCAAACUCGUCACCGUUGCCGAUUAUUUGAAUUUUGUUCGCCAAGAAACAGCCGCGAAACCAUUUUUGUUGGCGAACGGACGAAAACCGGAUGAAAAUGACGAGGAAGGCGCGAUUCCUGACGAAUCGUCGUCGCUCGAAAACGUCGAGUCUCAAAUUUUGGCGCCCGAAGUCGAUGAUGUUGAAGUUUUUCAUAGAUUGCUUAAGCACAUUGAAGACGAGCGUGUGAAUUUCGCCGAAAUCAACGACUGCGAGGAGCUGUACGCGCAUUGCGACGCCGUCUCGGCGCAAUACGGCGGAUUGCCGGACUCGCUACUCAAACCGGUCAUGCAGCAAGUCCUUGAGCAUCAUCUUCGAAGAACCGAGAUGCACUGGAUGCGAGAGCAAAUCGAGACGCUGUUAAGGCAAUGGAAGCUCGAAGUGAUGUCCGAACAAUUUCAUGAUCGGCCGACGAUGGUCCGAAUGGAAACUGUCGAUUAUAAGCCGAUUGAGGAGGAAGCUGAGACGAAGAAGAAGGCCAAAAAAACCAAACAGACGAAAAGCUUGAUGGGUGUUGGAGCGUUUUUGGCGCAAAAUCGCCAACGAUUGGUGGUUGAGGAGGGCGAAAUCGAGAUCGAUGAGGAUGAUCACGGCAAUUUUGUGAUGGGCGGCGAGACGCUGAGCUUUGAAUCGUGGGCCAAAAUCUCGAAGACAAAAGCGAGCGGUGUGGUUCGCGCUGAUUUGGGACCCGACAAGAGCACAAAAACGGGUGGUCUGAGUCGAAAACAGCAGAAAUUGGCGAAAAUCACGCAGAACAUGACGCAGGAGGAAUAUGAAGCGUGGAGCCGUGAACGCAAAGCGAAACGACGCGGCGAUCUUAAAAUACGCAUCAUGAAACGCGGUUUGGGUGAUAAUGAGGAUGAGCACGAUGAGGAGUCGGAUAAGGUCGAGCCAAAGAAGAAGCAGCAGGCUGCUCCAGCUCAGCCGAAGCCGGCCAAAGAGCUUGACGAGGGCGAAAUCGAUUCGGACGAGGAGAAAGAGGCGGCGAAGAAGGUUGAGCCGAAGAGGAAAAGGAAGAAGCGAGCCGAAUCGAAUAGUUCGGACAGCUCGACGUCGUCGUCGUCGUCUUCUUCAUCGUCGUCGUCGUCGUCGUCAUCGGAUGAUAAUGACGAAGGGCCGUCGGAUUCGCGGCAGCGGCGACGGAAUCGAAGGAAGAAUGAUAGGAAGAAGCCGCGAAGUGUUCAGCCGAAAAUCUCGCCGUUGUUCAAAUCGAUGUAUGACAACCGGAAGGCAAUUAUCGCGCAGAUGUCGCCGGGUCACAAGGCGGCAUUUGCAAAUGUUCUUAAUCAGAUUCUUCAAAGCAACGCGCCCAUAUCACACAGCCAAGCCACUCAAAUGAUGAAUGCAAUGUUCAAUGGCGGCGGAUUGAAAUAG